AACGAAUCAAAGCUGAAACAGUGAAAGAAACGAAACUUGAAGUUCGACUUCAUUUGCUUGUCAGUCUGUUCAAAUAAUUUACAAUUUUGUUAUAAAAGCAGAACGAUGCAGCAAAACGACGAAGUCAAGGACGAUGAUUUGCCGGCAAAUACGCUGGAGCACUUUGCCGAAAUGGAGCAAGUCCUCGCGCUCAUAGAUAAUAUUAAAUCGAUACAAGCGAACUCCUUCGAGCGAGAAUUCGAGCAAUACACAGAGGUGCUCUCGCGCUACCAAGAGCAGCCGCACCUGCUCGAUCCCCAUCUGGAGCUGCUACUGACACGGCUGCUAAACAAGAUUAGACAGUCGAACCAAGAACCUGGGGAGCGUGAUGCUGCCUUUAAGUACUUGUACGUGAUUUGCAAAGUACGCACAUAUAAAGUUUUGGUUAAGUUUAUGCCUCACGAGUUGAGCGACUUGGAAUUUGUGCUGCAGCUGCUCAGCGAGCAGGAUCCCAAGAAGUUCAGCAACUGGGAGACUCGGUAUGUGCUGCUCCUCUGGAUGUCCAUACUGGUGCUGAAUCCCUUUCACAUGUCCCGACUAGAUGCGUAUGAGGCAGCUGCUCCUCUGCCACUCAACAACUGUAAUCAUGAUGGUCCAGUAGCUCCCGCUGCCGUGCCCAAAAUGGAGCGCAUCUACGAGCUGUGCAAGCUGUAUGUCUCUUCCAACGACACUUGCAGCAAUAUGGCCGCCUACCUGUCCGCCAAGUACUUUGUGCGCAAUGACAUCAAGGACUUGUACUUGGAGCGCUUCUUCGACUGGAUCAUCGAGCAGCACCAAGCGGACACCUUGCAGGUGAAAUUUGGUCAACUGGCUGCCAUUGCAUCCAUUCUGAAACAUGGCAAGCGAGAGGAUCUGCUGCCCUAUGCGGACAAGCUGCUCAAGUGGAUCCUGGGCUGUCAGUACAAGGAUGGCGAUGAUUUCCUGAAAUAUAAAUACUAUAUCAAGAUUGUGCAGCGACUAGGCUUGGUGCAGCUCAAGCCACGCAUCGCCAGCUGGCGCUACAAGAGAGGCACUCGCUCGCUGGCCAGCAAUUUGACUGCCCAGCCAAACGCUGCGGGCGAUUUCUUGACUGUACAGGCUGAGGCUGAGGAUGACGCAGCUGCCGAGGAGAUCGUAGUACCCGACGCUAUUGAGGAGGUCAUAGAGGAGCUUCUCCAAGCGCUGCGCAGUGGCGGCAACGAUAUACGCUGGAGUGCAGCCAAGGGACUGGGUCGCGUUACCAAUCGCCUACCCAAGGAGCUGGCUGAUGAGGUGAUUGGCUCUGUCAUAGACAUACUCAAUCCUCUGGAGCCGCACGAGGCAUGGCAUGGCGGCUGCCUUGCAUUAGCAGAGUUAGCCAAAAGGGGCCUACUCCUGCCCUAUCGCCUGCACGAACUUGUGCCACUGCUGAUGCAGGCGCUCUUCUACGACGAGGUGAAGGGCUACAUGUCCGUCGGCCAACACAUUCGGGAUGCUGCCUGCUACAUGUGCUGGGCCUUUGCUCGCGCCUACAACCCGGACGAUCUCAAGCCAUUCGUCCAGCUAAUCUCAUCCGGUCUGCUCACUGUGGCCGUGUUUGACAGAGAAAUCAAUUGCCGACGCGCUGCCUCAGCUGCCUUUCAGGAGAGCGUCGGACGCCUGGGCAACUUUCCCUAUGGCAUUGAGAUAUCCACAACCACGGACUUUUACUCCGUGGGCAUACGACAGAAUUCGUAUUUGUCCAUUAGCGAUUUCAUUGCUCAAUUCGAGGAGUAUCGCCAGCCUCUCAUAGAUCAUCUGGUGCAGCGCAAGGUGGGCCACUGGGAUCCAGCCAUAAGGGAGCUCACAGCCAAGGCGCUGCACAAGCUCACCUAUCGGGCACCCGAGUACAUGGCGGCCGUUGUCCUGCCUCAACUCUUGGCCAAGACGGAGACGAUCGACGUGAACGCAAGGCAUGGCUGCGUGCUGGCCAUGGGCGAGAUAACGCUGGCCCUAAGAGAGCUGGAAAGGGCGCCAGACUCCAAGGGGACUUACCUAUCCAACCAGCGCAUUGCUGAGCUGAAUGAUCUAGUUAAGACUUUUGUGGAUCGCAACUUCUAUCGAGGCAUGAGCGGCGAAUUGAUGAAGCUUAGCACAACAAGCUUCAUACGUAACUGCAGCGUGGCCCAGCUGCCCGUUAACCAGGAGUGUCUAGCCAGCUGGCAGCACGUCAUUGAGCUCUGCCUCACCACCAAGACGAACAACAUUCGCGACGCUGCUGUCGAGGCCUUUGCAGAGCUCUGCCUCUCCUUCUACUGCUUGGAAUCGCGCUCAGCUGAGAAUGCGCGCAUCAUCGAGACGUAUUUAAAAGGCGCUGACAACGACCUGGAAGAGCACAUACGCAUGGGCUACAUUGCCGCAUUGGGCGUGUUGCCCGCCUUUAUAUUGCGACAGCAUUUGACAGCCGUAUUGGAUAGUCUAGUAAAGCACGCACUGGUUCCUCCAGGCGCGUGCAAUGAUCACGAAUCGGUGCAGACCUACAGGUGGAGCGAGGCGCGCACUCGCAGCGUUCAGGCGCUGAGAAAAGUGGUCAAGACGGUUGGCUACGAUUCGUCCGUGUCCUGCUCCUUUGCGAACCGGAUUCACUUUGAUAAAGUGAUUCAUUGUCUGCUGCGUGCGCUGGAUGAGUAUACCUUGGAUAAUCGCGGAGAUAUUGGCGCCUGGGUGCGCGAGGCGGCGAUGCAGGCCCUCUACGAACUGGCCACGGAGUGUCCCGCGGAUCUCUUAUCCCCGCACCAAGUGCAUCAAAUUGUUGUUGGCUUCAUGCAGCAGGCAGUGGAGAAAAUCGAUCGCACACGCGGCUUGGCUGGCCGCCUCUGUUGCCAGUUGGUCCACACGGUGCCCGCUAUUCCUUAUAUUCAUGACCAUGAGCGACUGCUCGAGAUCUUCCCGAAGGACGAGAAGUCCGUCCUGUGGCUAUUUGCUGACCAGACAUUCCCCUUAUUCUGCGAGCUGCUCGCCUUGCCGGCCUACUCAAAGCGCGUUUUGCUUGGACUUUCAGCCAGCAUUGGGCAGCUGACCGAAUCUCUGAUCAAGUACGCUUCUGCUGCACUCUUCCAGUUCCUGCGUGCCCACCAGGAGAUGGUGCCGCGGCUCUGCUCGGAGAUUGUGCAGAACUUCGAGAGUCAUCUCCUGAACGAGCGCGUGACCUAUCCUAUGCUCAGCUUCUUGGACAUUCUUCUCGGCUCGGGCAGCGUUGAAAAUGUCUUACACGAUGAGAAAAAUCCCUUCGCCGAGGAUAUUUAUCGCCUACUCAAUCUGGAGGUCAAGGGCUACAAGAAGCUGUACAAGACUGCUACCAGUAUUAGCACCUUUUGUCAGCUGCUCCAAGUGCCCCGACUCAGCAAGAGAAUCCUUUCUAAAAUUUCCGUAUUCCUCGGUCUACAGCAUGUGCACGUGCGCAAGACGGCAGCAACCAAGCUAUACGAAGCUCUGGCGCUGCACGGAGAUGUCACCGACAUACCGGAAGAGAACAUGGAUGAGAUCUUGAAUCUACUUUCGGAAACGGACUGGACGUUGCCCUUGGUGGAGGUGCGACCGUUGCGCAAUGAGCUCUGCAAUUUGAUGGGUAUUAAGCCACCGGUGAGUGGCGCAGCUGCUGCUGCCAGCAAGCUGGAAGUUGUGGCUGAUAAAUAAUUAGUUUAGCAAACAUACCAAUGUACUCGACGUAGCCGUCAAUAAAUAAUUUAUUGCCUUGCACAAAAGAAUCGAGCUCGACUCGAUAAACUGUA